AUGCCGCCGAGUAGUUUACGAGUCGUGUACGCGUUCGCAAGAGAAAUGCACCCAAAAACGACCGAUAUUUUUAUUCAAUACGGUACUGCCGGAUUCCGCACAAAAGCCAGUCUCCUUGAACAUGUAGUCUAUCGCAUGGGACUACUUGCCGUUUUACGAUCGAGGUGUAAAAAUGGUCGUACGAUCGGAAUGAUGAUCACGGCUUCACACAACUUAGAACCAGACAACGGCGUCAAAUUAAUCGAUCCUGAUGGUGAAAUGCUCGAAGAAAGUUGGGAAGAGAUUGCUACAAGGCUCGCUAAUGUCAGUGACAAUGACUUAGAAUCAACAACUGAGCAAAUCAUCAAACAAGUCAACGCCGACAUGGCACUGAAAGCCAGUGUCUACAUUGGAAUGGACACCAGAUACACAAGUCCACGUCUGGCUGCUGCGGCCGUUCACGGUGUAAUGGCUUUGAAGGGGACCGCUAAAGAGUUUGGUAUUGUGACUACCCCCAUUUUACACUUUUGUGUAAAAUGUCGUAAUGAUAAUACAUAUGGGACGCCUACGGAAGAAGGUUAUUACGAAAAAAUCGUAGGCGCAUUCAAAAGUAUUCGCCAGAAGUUACCGGUGUGUGGUAAUUACAAUACCACAUUAUACGUGGAUGGUGCAAAUGGUGUUGGAGGGAAGAAAUUAAAUAUAAUUAAGAAGACAUUGGACGGUGAACUCGACUUAGUCCUUUACAAUUUGGGCGGAAAUGGCGGAAAACUUAAUUUAAAUUGUGGUGCAGAUUUUGUGAAAGUAUCACAGAAGCCGCCAGUGGGCGUUGAACACGUUCCUUACCAACGUGUAGCCUCUUUGGACGGAGAUGGAGACAGAAUCGUGUAUUAUUAUGUUGAUGAGAGUAACAAUAUGCAACUAUUAGAUGGAGAUCGCAUAGCAACAUUAUUAGCCAGUUACGUAACAGAACUACUUAAAGGGUGCGAUGUGACGGACUUACGACUGGGCCUAGUGCAAACAGCGUAUGCGAAUGGCGCCUCUACCAAAUACAUUACCGAGGACUUGAAAGUACCAGUAACGUGCGUAAAGACGGGUGUAAAACAUUUACAUCACGCAGCUUUAUCCUAUGACAUAGGAGUUUAUUUUGAAGCCAAUGGACAUGGGACUGUAGUGUAUAGUGAUGUCACGAAAAAUACUAUAGCUAAAGUUGCUCAGGAGGGUGACACGGAACAAAGAAAAGCAGCUCAAUUAUUACUAAGUUUCAUCGACUUGACCAAUGAGACAGUUGGAGAUGCAAUUUCUGAUCUUUUCUUGGUUGAAACAGUACUGUGUGCCAGAGGACAUGACGUCAGACAGUGGAUGGAGACAUAUAAUGACCUACCCUGUAGACAGCUAAAGGUUACAGUUGAGGACCGCAAUGCUAUCAAAACAACGGACGCGGAACGAAAGUGUACGUCGCCGGAGUCGUUACAGGAACGUGUAGAUGCGUUGGUAUCUACGUAUACCUGCGGGCGUGCGUUCGUACGUCCGUCCGGUACUGAAGAUAUUGUACGGGUUUACGCCGAGGCUGAUACGCAAGAGUCUGCAGAUAAAUUAGCAGCAGAAGUAUCUCAGGCAGUUUACGACUUAGCAGGUGGAGUUGGGGAUAGACCGACUGUAUCGGCUUAA